AUGUCCGGUCGACGCGACUUUUUGAGCCAGCCUGCGCCUGAGAAUUAUGUUGCAGGUCUCGGUCGCGGAGCUACUGGUUUCACAACCCGCUCUGAUCUCGGACCCGCAAGAGAAGGUCCCACUGAGGAUCAAAUCAAAGAGGCGCUCGCAAAACGGGCAGCAGCACUUGGGGCAGCGGCGCCGACAGCCUAUGGGGCGCCUGAGAAGAAAGAUGAGGACGAAGAUGACGAGCGAUUCCAGGAUCCGGAGAACGAGGUUGGGUUAUUUGCGGGAGGCGCAUACGAUAAAGAUGAUGAUGAGGCGGAUCGGAUCUACCAGGAGAUAGAUGAAAAGAUGGACAGGCGGCGGAAAGCACGAAGGGAAUUACGAGAAAAGGCCGAACGAGAAGAGUACGAGCGCGACAACCCCAAGAUACAGCAACAAUUUGCGGACCUGAAACGUGCUUUAGGCACUGUUAGUGACGAGGAUUGGGCCAACCUGCCAGAAGUUGGUGAUUUAACAGGCAAGAACCGAAGAAGCAAGGAGGCCUUGAGGCAAAGAUUCUAUGCCGUUCCUGACAGCGUCAUUGCUGGAGCUCGGGAUGCGUCCGAACUUGGCACUACAAUCAUGGAUGAGGGCAAUGCUGGUGGAGAUGUUUCCGAUGGAACGAUGACGAACUUCGCGGAUAUUGGUGCAGCCCGAGACAAGGUGUUGAAAGUCAAACUGGAUCAGGCAUCCCAAGGCAGCGGUACUGAUUCCACCGCUGGAAGCGCAACUAGCAUCGAUCCAAAGGGGUACCUCACGAGUCUAGCCAAAUCACAGGUGAAUGAAGGAGAAGCACAAGUUGGCGACAUCAUACGAGUGCGUGUCCUCCUGGAAUCCGUCAUUCGUACAAAUCCGAAGCAUGCACCCGGUUGGAUUGCCGCUGCAAGGUUGGAGGAAUUGGCUGGUAAAAUUGUGGCAGCACGAAGCAUCAUUGCACGAGGUUGCGAAUUCUGCCCCAAAAGCGAGGAUGCCUGGCUGGAAAAUAUUCGACUGAAUGACAAUCAUAACGCGAAGAUCAUCGCUGCAAAUGCUAUUCAAAAAAACGAUCGAUCGGUGCGUCUGUGGGUUGAGGCAAUGCAACUAGAAUCCGAGCCAAGGGCAAAGAAGGCGGUUAUCAGAAAGGCCUUGGAUCAUAUUCCUCAAUCAGUCAUGCUUUGGAAGGAAGCUGUAAAUCUCGAGGAAGAUCCAGCUGACGCCAAGCUGCUUUUAGCGAAGGCAACUGAGAUUAUUCCGUUGUCUGUCGAGCUUUGGCUUGCCCUUGCACGGUUGGAGACUUCGGAAAAUGCACAGAAAGUCUUAAACAAGGCCCGCAAAGCCAUUCCCACCUCCCAUGAAAUAUGGAUAGCAGCUGCGCGACUCCAAGAACAGAUGGGUAAUGCAGCCAAGGUCAAUGUGAUGAAACGUGCCGUUCAAGCACUAGCAAAGGAAUCAGCAAUGCUAAAACGUGAGGAGUGGAUAACAGAGGCCGAGAAAUGCGAGGACGAGGGUGCCAUCUUAACGUGUGGUAACAUCGUCCGCGAGACUCUUGGCUGGGGCUUAGAUGAGGAUGAUGACCGGAAGGAUAUAUGGAUGGAAGACGCAAAAUCAAGCAUUGGACGAGGAAAAUACGAAACGGCUCGUGCGAUAUAUGCAUAUGCACUUCGAAUUUUUGUGAACAGCAGAAAGCUGUGGCUCGCUGCCGCAGAUCUGGAGAAGAACCAUGGCACAAAAGAAGCACUGUGGAAUCUCCUAGAGAAAGCCGUUGAAGCUUGUCCCCAGAGCGAGGUAUUAUGGAUGAUGUUAGCAAAGGAGAAAUGGCAAGCUGGAGAAAUCGACAACGCAAGACGGGUUUUGGGGAGAGCCUUCAAUCAGAACCCAAAUAAUGAGGAUAUCUGGCUCGCCGCAGUUAAGUUGGAGGCGGAGAAUCAGCAACCGGAGCAGGCUAGAGAGCUAUUAAAGACCGCAAGACAAGAAGCACCUACAGACCGUGUAUGGAUGAAGAGCGUAGCCUUUGAGCGGCAGCUCGGUAAUGUUGAAGCAACGCUAGAUUUAGUCAACCAGGCUUUGCAGUUGUUUCCAAGUGCUGCAAAGUUAUGGAUGAUGAAGGGUCAAAUCUACGAAGGAGAAGGCAAAUUCCCCCAAGCGCGCGAAGCCUACAGCACUGGCACGAAAGCAUGCCCGAGAUCUGUACCCCUGUGGCUUCUUUACUCUCGGCUUGAGGAGAAGGCUGGCUCAAUUGUCAAGGCCCGUAGUGUCUUGGACCGAGCACGGCUAGCUGUUCCCAAAUCACCAGAACUAUGGACGGAAUCCGUCCGCAUCGAAAGACGCAGUAAUAAUAUCAGUCAAGCCAAAGUGCUUAUGGCUAAAGCACUGCAAGAAGUUCCUGACAGCGGCCUUCUCUACUCGGAAUCAAUCUGGCAUUUAGAAGCGCGGACCCAACGGAAACCUCGCGCUUUAGAAGCGAUCAAGAAAGUCGACAACGAUCCCAUCCUCUUCGUCACUAUCGCGCGGAUCUUCUGGGGCGAGAGGAGGCUCGAGAAAGCUCAGAAUUGGUUUGAGAAGGCUAUCUUGCUGGAUAGUGAUCUAGGUGAUACAUGGGCCUGGUACUACAAGUUCUUAUUACAGCAUGGCACAGAGGAGAAAAGAGCCGACGUUGUCUCGAAAUGCAUUCUAAGUGAACCGAGACAUGGAGAUGUCUGGCAGGCGGUUGCAAAGGAUCCGAAAAAUGCUGGGAAAAGCAUAGAGGAGAUCCUACAUAUUGUGGUUGGGAAGCUGGAAUAA